AUAACGUUUGCCUCGAUCAUUGCCUUUCGCGUUCUCGAUCGCAUCAGUCUCAUUUUCAAUCGUAUCCUGUGUGUGACCAAACCAGUAUGAAACGUGUAUCACUAAAAGAACGAAAGGAAUAACAAUAUAGGAUUUAAUAAACGGAGUGUAAGAGAUAUCGAAGAAGAAAUAAAAUGAAGAAAUCGAAUGAUCAAAUUUUUACUAUAGAUCUUUUAUGAUCUAAAGUUGAGUGUUAAAAUUAAAAUUUUUCAUCGCUCGAAAACUAUUAGAUACUCGUUAUGCGAUAUAUCUAACGAGCUUAAAAACGAAAUGAAUUUCAUAGGAAGAUAAAUAUAUAUAUAUAUAUACACAUUGUAAAAAUUGUAUUAUUUAAUAAUAAUUUAAUCAUGACCAUGGAAAAGAACAAUAGCAAUAAUGGACAAUUCGUCAAAGUGCAAACCGAACGAACCAGUUUCAAGCCAGCAGAAAGAUGGCGUAUUAUGAAGAAUAUAUUAUUAAUAGGAACUGCAUUUAUGGUGAAUUUCACCGCGUUUAUGGGUGCCUCGAAUCUUCAAAGUUCUAUAAAUGCCAGCGAAUCUCUCGGCACGUUCACGCUUGCCGCGAUCUAUGGAAGUUUGAUAUUUAGUAACAUAUUUCUUCCGGCUUUGGUAAUAAGUUGGCUCGGCUGCAAGUGGACAAUGUCUCUGGCUAUACUGACCUAUGUACCAUUCAUAGCAGCACAAUUUUAUCCAAGAUUUUACACCAUGAUCCCAGGUGGACUUAUGGUUGGACUAGGUGGUGGACCACUUUGGUGUGCCAAGUGCACUUAUCUCACGGUCGUGUCUGAAGCUUAUGCCUCUGUAUCUGAUCUUGCUGCUGAUGUUUUGGUCACUAGAUUCUUUGGACUUUUUUUUAUGUUUUAUCAGAUGGCACAAGUCUGGGGUAAUCUUAUCUCAUCAGCAGUUCUGUCCUUCGGAAACGAUAAAGCAACGUCAACGAACGUAACAUUGAACAGUAGUAUCGUUGCCGAGAUUUGCGGAGCCAAUUUUUGUACCGCAUCUUCAUCUACCAGCGACAAUCCAAAUCUAGAGCAACCACCGAUAGAGAGGAUCCACUUGAUAUCUGGCAUUUAUGUUGCCCUUAUGAUAUUGGCCUCUCUGGUUAUCGCGUUUGGGGUUGAUUCGUUGUCUAGAUAUGACAGAGGUAGAAAGGGCUCGGUGACGGGAUUAACAGGAUUAAAGCUCUUGGCGGUUACGUUGGAACUGUUGAAAGAAAAGAGUCAGCUUUUAAUCCUACCCAUAAUAAUUUUCAUUGGAGCCGAACAAGCUUUUCUCUUUGCCGAUUAUAACGCAUCCUUUGUCUCUUGCGCUUGGGGUAUCAGUAAUAUUGGAUACGUUAUGAUUUGUUUUGGUGUUGCCAAUGCAAUUGCAGCAUUGGCUACGGGUUCUAUCAUAAAAUUGACUGGCAGGAUCCCUGUUAUGAUCUUUGCAUUUUGCCUUCACAUAGGAAUUUUAAUUUUUAUGUUAAAUUGGAAACCAACACCCGAUCAAGGGGUAAUAUUCUUUCUAAUUUCUGGAUUAUGGGGAAUCUGUGACUCCAUCUGGUUGGUGCAAGUUAAUUCUUUAAGUGGUUUACUCUUUCCUGGAAGGGAGGAAGCAGCUUAUUCUAACUUUCGCCUAUGGGAAUCCACUGGAUCUGUGAUAACGUACAUAUACAGUCCUUAUUUAUGUACGUACAUGAAGAUUUAUAUCUUGAUGGCUAUUCUUUGCAUCGGCAUGAUAGGUUACGCUAUUAUCGAAUGGGUAGGUAAAACCAAACCAGUUGUUAUAAAUGAGAAACCAGAUUUCGAACUGGUCGCUGAUAACGAAGUAAUGCGAUGAUAAGCGUUGAAACAAAUAGUCACGAAGGUAAUCAUAAAUCUUGUGCGUGCAGGAAAUGAUAAAAAAAAUUAAAAUAAAAAAUAUAUAUAUAUUUACGUAUAAAUAUAUUAAUGUAUAUUCUUAUAUGAUAGAAAGAUAAUUUAAAAAUAAUCAUAAUGGAUUUGUUAGCUUAGGUAACAAAGAGACACAAUCUUAUGUAAUUUGUACCACAAUAUAUGUUUUUUAUUUUA